GAUCCUGAGGUGAAGAGAUGCUGUGUGCUCACAUGUGCAGCAUAUUCCUUGCAAAACGUGAUGUUGCAGAUGGAAAAAUUGGAUGGGAGGAAGGAACAAGGAAAAGAAGAAAGAGCUUGUGAGGCUGUGAGCUUUCAGCUUUCGAGGUGCUCCAUGAUGCUCUCUCGCACAGCACUUCUUUUUCUUGGAGUCUUAGUGGGGUAGAGAACGCAGAGGAUUGCAGACAUGCACAGUGCAAUGGGCAUUCCCAAGGUAUGUGCGGUCCGCAAUUUAGAUCCAAUCUAAAACGAAGGCAGAACGACGAGAUCUUCUCGGCAUUAUGAGUCCACCUCACCUUGUCGUGUUGACAGGGCGAACAUGUUCCUCUCUUGCACGGUCGGGAUGCAGAAGCCGGACGGCAGUAGGGCCUGCUUAAAUGUGCAUGUCCUUUUACACGAACAUGACUCCUCCAUGGCCGCUCCACCAUCAAUCAUGCGAGCGCUGCAUCAACAGCUGUUCACGUAUAUCCACAGUAAUUCCAGAUCUCCUUAGACCGAAGUGAGCGAUUCGGCACGCGUCGACGCUCCUGCAAGCAGACAACGGCAGACUUGGCCCAAAACAGAGAAGUCAUCGGGGUGUUUUCUUCUUCUUCUUCUUUUGAGAGAACUCUUGAUCACAAGUUGCUUUCAAGUAUUCCACCAUCAAUUGCAGCUCGCCUUGUUCCUCUGUGUCUGUCUCUCUCUCUCUGCAUUUCAGAAAAGCAUGCAGUCGCCUCCCUACUCGGAAGUCGGAACUCUGUUCGAAAUGGGUGAAGCAAUUAUUGUCCUUGUUCACUGUUAGUCCUCAGUUGUCCUCAUCACCGUAUUAUCCAUCGAAUCCUGCAACUCUGUGGCCAUUUCAGGGAAUUCCACCUGACGUAGAUGGAUGAAGAAUAUGGCCGACUCAUACAUACUAUUCUUUGAGGACAUGACAUGAACUCACAGCAAGCAUCACGAUUCAGAUUUUGUUUACCUAGCAGACAUUUUUAGCAUGGUAGUAACCGCGUUCUUCAUCUGAUGCUUUCUGGUUCUACCCAUCCAGUUUUAGAUUUCUCGAAUGGAAUCGGAUUCAAAUGGACAAUACCUGCUUUACCUAAGAAAGAGCCGUGAUUGAUGUGAGAUCAUUUGCACCACUUGGUGCCUAAAGCAUCCAUUGAUGCCUUCCUCACCUUUGUUUCUUAGCUUUUGGAAGAGGAUUCCUCCAUCUGCCCACUCCAUGUCCGCUUGCUUCCCUUUUCCUUUCCGCUAUUCUCAAACUUCGGAUGUGACUCAGAGCUCUCACAGCUCCCUCACCAAAAGGCACAUCAGCUCCCAUAUAUAGGACAGCUUUUGGGGUGCAAAGGGUGGCCAUCUCACCUGGCUGAUCUGAGUACGCAGGCAUCUGCUGCACUCCAAAUAAAAAGGUCAUUUCCUAUACUGCUUGUGAUGUGUUCUUUGUCCUUUUCUAACGUUGCUAAUUCAGCUCGGAGGUGGUGAGAGAAGCAGCAAAUUAAUGAUGGCAGAGGUGUGAGGUCUCCAUAUUCAUCGAACAAAGGCAAUAGAAUCCUCGAUGCUUCAUCAUCACACUGUCCUGUCCUAAGACAUCUUUUGAACAAGCUACUGCCAUUUCCCAAUCUUUUCUGCCAGUGCUCAUCGUGAAGACAGUUCAAAGAUGACAGAAUUUUACCGUUCAUUGGGUCAAGAGUAAAGCAGAAAUGAUAUCAGUAGAUUCUGAUGGCUACAGGUGAUGCAAAAGUUUUAAGAUUGUGUUAUCACUCAGCAUCACGGGAAACACAAGAAUUCAUGGCUUCGGCAAACACCAGCAGCUUAGGAUGCCGCAUAGACUGACAAAUGUUUUAAGAGAGAGAGAGAGAGAGGGGUUUCUGGUACGGUCGUCCAAACCAUCGAGGCGCGUAAACACGCAAAGUGUUUUUGGCAGCAGAAACACCUGCGCCGAAUCAAAAAAAUGUUUUGGCUCGCGAAACAAUGUACCGUAUCACCUUCGCCGCGCAGGAACCGUGGGCUCCACAGACGGGCCCGUGUCAGACCGAAUCGCCGUUCGUUCAGGUGAGGCGGGCAACACAUGGGCGAGUCGUACGAAAUAACCACUGCGCGUGAGGAUUCGUUUCACCAAACCCACAUCAUUUCCUUUGUUUCACGCGGUACCGUUGACAUGCACCGUCAGAUGAGUUCGUGAAGUUCUAUCUGGGACGCACUGUUAUACGCGUAAUAAUUGUGCGUAAGAAUUGGUCGUAUAAGAACAUACCAUACCUAAUGGAAACAUCUUUUAUUACUUAUUUAUAUUUAGUUUGAUUUCUUCCCCCUCCCUCCCUCCCUCUCAUCUGCCACUUUCUUCGUCGGUCUUUUUCCCCAAACCCCCUUCCUCGUCCCGCCCACCUCCGCCGAUCCGCCGCAAUCUCUUCCUUCUCCGUCACCUCUGGUUUCCAUUGACCUCUUCGAGUGCUUCCACUGAACCUGGAUAUAGUUACGCCUUUGGCUAUCCGAGAUCGAUCGCCCCUUCGAGAAACCCUCGUACGUCGUCCGCCGGUCCCACCGAUGGAAGAACAGGCAUCUCGCCAACCCAUUAAUAGAAGCAGGCCGGACGGAAGCAGCAAUCCAUUACUCAAGGAGCAGAGAGAGCAUGCGAAGACAAUGAGCUUCUGGAGAAGGAAGAAACAGCCUCCAAGGAAACAGUCAUAAAACACGAGAGGCCGCCCUUCUAUUGGUUGAAAGCACCGGGCAUGCGACACGCGUGGCCGGAUCACCGCUCCGAGGAAAUUUCCAUGGAUAGAGAGGUAUCGACGACGUCAAAAGGCCACGCAUUUUGACUCGCCCUCGUCAAGUCCCAUGAACGUCCACCACUCCCCUUUGCACCUGAGGCCUCCACGAGAUGGUUCUCAUGGGCAUAAGUACGAGGACAUGCCUCGCCUCCAAGACAUCCCUAAGCCUAAUCUCCCAUUCCUUUCCCUUCUCUUGUGGACCAACACUUCGCUUGUCUGGUUCGUGAGUUGAAGAGAAAGCAGAGUGACGCUAAGGAUGGGAGCCGCCGACGGACACCAGUCGUCUGCCAUCGUUGAGACGGAGAGCGUCGGCAGCGACCAGGUGGGCUUCAGUGGCCCGCUCAAUAAGCACGGCGGCGGCAGCAACCGUAAGAGUGCUCGCUUUAACCUCCCUCCCCAUGCCGCAGCCCCCGUCGACGGCGAGACCUUCUUGGAGAUCACUCUCGACGUGACAGACGACAGCGUCGCGGUCCACAGCGUCAAGCCGGCGGCCGGUGGAGUGGGAGGGAAGGCGGAGGACCCGGAGGAGGUCUCGCUGCUGGUGCAGAAGCUGGAGCGGCAAUCCGCGUCGUUCGGGUCGUCGGUGCUCCGCUCCGCGUCGUCGCGGAUCCGGCAGGUGUCGCAGGAGCUCCGGCAGCUUGCCUCGCUCACCAAGCGCCCGGCCGCGCCCCGGCUCGACCGGUCCAAGUCGGCCGCCGCCCACGCGCUCAAGGGCCUCAAGUUCAUAACCAAGGCCAACGGCGCCGCCGGAUGGCCAGCCGUCGAGAAGCGCUUCGACCGGCUCUCCGUUGACGGCGCCCUCCACCUCUCCCUCUUCGGCCAGUGCAUAGGCAUGAAGGAGUCGUCGGAGUUCGCGGGAGAGCUAUUCGACGCACUAAAGAGGAGGAGAAGCAUCACCGGAGACAAGAUAACCAAGGCGGAGCUGAGGGAGUUCUGGGAUCAAAUCUCCGACCAAAGCUUCGAUUCUCGCCUCCAGACCUUCUUCGACAUGGUGGACAAGGACUUGGACGGAAGGAUCACAGAAGAGGAGGUCAAAGAGAUCAUAUCGCUGAGUGCUUCGGCCAACAAGCUCUCCAAGAUCCAAGAAAAGGCGGAAGAGUACGCCCGCCUCAUCAUGGAGGAAUUGGACCCAGAUAACGUCGGCUACAUCGAGAUAUACAACCUGGAGAUGCUGCUGGUGCAAGCGCCGAGCCAGUCGAUGCAACUUGCGACGACCAACAGCCGCAACCUCAGUCAGCUGCUCAGCCAGAGGCUGAAUCCGACGCAGGAGCGCAACCCGCUCAGGCGGUGGUACCAGCGGGCCAAGUACUUCAUGGAGGACUACUGGCAGCGGGUAUGGGUGGUGGUGCUGUGGCUCUGCGUCUGCGCCGCCCUCUUCGCCUGGAAGUUCGUGCAGUACCGCCGCCGCGCGGUGUACCACGUCAUGGGCUACUGCGUUUGCGUCGCCAAAGGCGGCGCCGAGACACUCAAGUUCAACAUGGCGCUCAUCCUCCUCCCCGUCUGCCGCAACGCCCUCACCUGGCUUCGCACCAGGACGAAGCUCGGCAAGGUGCUCCCCUUCGACGACAGCCUCAGCUUCCACAAGGUGGUCGCGGCGGGCAUCGCAGUGGGCUUGGGGCUGCACGCGAUCGCGCACCUGACGUGCGACUUCCCGCGGCUGCUUCACGCGACGGACGCGGAGUACGAGCCGAUGAAGCCCUUCUUCGGGGACGCCCGGCCGAGCGACUACUGGUGGUUCGUGAAGGGGACGGAGGGGUGGACGGGGGUGGCCAUGGUGGUGCUGAUGGCCGUGGCCUUCAUUCUCGCCACCCCCUGGUUCCGCCGCGGCGCCAUCAGCCUGCCCAAGCCCCUGCACCGCCUCACCGGCUACGACGCCUUCUGGUACUCCCACCACCUCUUCGUCAUCGUCUACGUCCUCCUCGUCAUCCACGGCUACUUCCUCUAUCUCACCAAGAAAUGGUACAAGAGAACGACCUGGAUGUAUGUGGCGAUCCCGGUGGUCCUCUACGCGAGCGAGCGGCUGACGAAGGUGAUGAGGGCGAAGAUCCAAGUGGUGAAGAUACUAAAGGUGGCGGUGUACCCGGGCAACGUGCUGGCUCUCCAUGUAUCCAAGCCACCGGGCUUCACGUACCGAAGCGGGCAGUACAUCACCGUCAACUGCGCCGCUGUCUCCCCCUUCCAAUGGCAUCCGUUCUCCAUCACGUCGGCUCCGCAAGACGACUACAUCAGCGUCCACAUACGGUCGGCGGGCGACUGGACCAGUCAGCUGAUAGAGGUGUUCUCCAAGGCGUGUCAGCCAUCGACCGCUGGGAAAAGUGGGCGGCUGAGAGCUGACAUCAAUGACGGCAGCGACGAUGGAGUGAGUCCAAGCUUCCCAAGAGUGCUAAUCGACGGGCCAUACGGCGCGCCGGCACAAGAUUACGAGAAGUACGAGGUGGUGCUAUUGGUGGGGCUGGCAAUCGGCGCCACCCCCUUCAUCAGCAUCGUCAAGGACAUCCUCAACAACAUAAAGCAGCGGGACGUCGAGGAGGGCGGCGGCGGCCGGUCCUCGACGGAGGCGAACUCGUUCAGAACGCGGCGGGCUUACUUCUACUGGGUGACACGGGAGCAGGACUCGUUCGAGUGGUUCAGGGGGGUGAUGGACGAGGUAGCGGAGGCGGACGCGCAGGGCGUCAUCGAGCUCCACAACUACUGCACCAGCGUGUACGAGGAGGGCGAUGCCCGCGCCGCCCUCAUCGCCAUGCUGCAGUCCCUCAACCACGCCAAGCACGGGGUGGACGUGGUGGCGGGCACCCGCGUCAAGUCCCACUUCGCCCGCCCCAACUGGCGCAGUGUCUACAAGCGGAUCGCGCUCAACCACCCCGACCAACGCAUAGGUGUGUUCUACUGCGGUAAACCGACACUGGUGAAAGAGCUUCGGCAGCUGGCGCAGGAUUUCUCGCACAAGACCACGACAAAGUUCGACUUCCACAAGGAGAACUUCUAAGCAAACGCACGCCAAUAGUAUUUUUACCUAACAGCCCAAGUUUAACUGCAUAAGUCUGUUCUACCUACAAAAAAAAAAAAAAUUAAACAAAGGGCAUCUUCAUCAAUCAUUAAAGGCUUAACAUUA